AUGGGCACAUAUCAGUGGAGUGACAAAUUGGCUGGGCUGUGGAACGCAAAUACAAAGCAGUACUGCACACCAAUUAAUGGGUGCUAUCAUUGCAUUUCCUCUAGUCAAGUUGGUAUCAAUCGGGAAAUAUUAAUGAUUGGCAAAGGUGAAGCUUGCUGCGAUAAAAGCUGCGUAAGCUGCUGUGCUUCUCCCGCAUAUCUCAGUCUAUGGAAUCAGCUCAUGCAUCACUAUUUCCCACCCAAAAAUUUCACCGAUCGUUGUUGGGGACCAGAUUCCGAAAUCGGCACUGUACCAUGCCGCGGUUCCUGUUUUAUUUUGGUCGAGGAAAUCUUCGAACAUUUUUCGACGCAUGCAGUGAUGCGUGGUUGCGUGAAUCGAUUUCUAUUGUUUGGUCUUGAUGAGGAUGUCCGUGAUGCACUAACGGACAAAUCAGAAUGCCGUACAACUGAUCGACGUUUACUUCACCUCGUGGCGCUCACUCCACAAACUGACCUCGUGAUAAUGUGCUCAUGUACUGGUUCACUAUGCAAUUAUGCCAGCAUGGACCACGUGCUGUCGAUCGCUGUUUCUUCCACACUGAACGCAUUCUUUGCAGUCCUUAUGCUGAUUGCUCAUUGCACUGUAAGUGCUGCUCCAGCAAAGCCAACCGCAAUACUUCAGGAAAACGACAGCAAGGCAGAAAAGGACAACGGAAAGAAGAGAGAAGAGGAAGCGAAAAAACUCGAAGUAAAACAAGAUGAGGAGAAAAAAAAGGAAAGCAGAAAAAAGGAUGAAAAAACAAGCAAGAAAGAGAAGGAAAAUAAGCAAGCGGAAAGGAAGGAAAAAAUAGAACAAUUAGAAGGCAAUAAGGAAGAGGAACAGCAGAGGGACCUGAAUCCGAUUGUGACGCCUGUCUCCGACGAUGAUGAGCUGCCUGCGGAAACACAGAAGAAAGCAAAGGUACUGACACAAAUGGCUGUCAAUAUUACUCAGGAAGAGGAAGAGGUAUGGGAAUGA